AUGGCAGAUGAGAAGAACGACAUGGUCCACAUCGAGGAUCGAGCCGGCUCCUUCGUCGGCGACGAAAAGGUUGACCAUGGCCUGGCUGCUGCUGCGACAGACGAAGAACACAACUUGACUCUGAUGCAAGCCUUGAAGAAGUAUCCUCAAGCUUGUUUCUGGUCCAUCGCCAUAUCGACUGCCAUCAUCAUGGAAGGCUACGAUAUCGUUCUGAUCUACUCCUUCUUUGGACAGCCAGCCUUCGUCAAGAAGUACGGUGAAUACGAUGCUGCGACUGGAAAGUACAGUCUUUCGGCCGCCUGGCAAGCAGGUCUCGGCAAUGGCACACAGAUCGGCACCGUCAUUGGCGCCUUCCUCAACGGUUAUCUCACUCACAAGUUUGGCUACCGCAAGGUCAUGAUUGCGUCCCUCCUCUCUCUGCUCGCAUUCAUCUUUAUCCCUUUCUUCGCUCCUUCAGUUGAAGUCAUCUUGAUCGGCCAGAUCCUUUGCGGAAUCCCAUGGGGUGUGUUUGCCACGAUGGCACCAGCAUAUGCGUCCGAAGUCUGCCCGACCGUACUACGUGGAUACCUUACAGUCUAUGUCAACCUUACGUGGGCCUUUGGCCAGCUGGUAGGCGCUGGUGUACAGUCCGCAGUCAGCGGUAUCACAACAGAGUGGGCAUACAGGAUUCCUUUUGCGAUCCAAUGGGUCUGGCCUAUUCCGAUUGCUCUGUUGGCCUUCUUCGCUCCAGAGUCGCCCUGGCAUCUGAUCCGCAUUGGCGACAAUGAGAAUGCUCUGCGCUCAAUCAAGCGAUUGUCUCCGUCCAAAUCAGAGAGCGAACAUAGAGCUCAGCUUGCAAUGAUGCAACACACAAAUCAGUUGGAGAUGGACAUCAGUGCUGGCACUUCAUACUGGGACUGCUUCAAGGGCAUCGAUCGUCGCCGUACCGAGAUUGUCUGUAUGGUAAGUAGCGAGUGUACAACCAGGUUUCUGAGAACACAAUUAUUGACGCUCGACAGNGUCUUCGCUGCUCAACCAUUCUGUGGUAGUGCCAUGGGUGGAACACCUACUUACUUCUUCAUUCAAGCUGGUCUCCCGACAUCCAUCUCCUUCAAGAUGACUGUAGGUGGACUUGCGAUGGCUUCUGUUGGCACCAUCAUCUCAUGGUACCUUCUGUCCGCUUUUGGCCGCCGCACACUCUAUCUCUGGGGCCUGGGUCUCCUCACUGUCGUCCUCACCACAACCGGUGCUAUCAGCGCUGCAAACGCUGCAAGUGUAGCCGGCAACUAUGCUCAAGCUGUCAUGAUGCUCAUGUGGCUCUUCAUCUACUAUCUCACCGUUGGACCGAUCUGCUACGCCAUUGUUGGCGAGACCUCCGCAACUCGUCUCCGAAACAAGAGUGUCUGCUUGGCCAGAAUCGCAUACUACAUUGCCAACAUCAUCUGUGGUGCAAUCAACCCUUACUUCUUGAACCCUACCGCACUGAACCUCAAGGGCAAGACUGGAUUCUUCUGGGCCGGCACCUCUCUCAUAUUCUUCAUCUGGACAUUCUUCAGACUUCCCGAGUGCAAGGACCGUACUUAUGAAGAGUUGGAUGUGUUGUUUGCGAACAAGGUCAAGACGCGCGAGUUCAAGAAGUUCAACGUCAACGUCUAUGCUGAAGACGGAGAGACUCUUGUCAAGCAGGAGUGA